AUGACACCGCAAGAUGGUUAUAAAACGGCGGAUAUAGUACUGAGUCUUAUCGAAAGGGCGAUAUAUGCAAGAAAUCACCAGCCACAAGACAUCCAGGCUGACAAACUGACCCAUGUCCUAUACGCCUUUGCCAAUGUGAGGCCAGACAGUGGCUCAGUCUAUUUGACUGAUUCAUGGUCUGAUACGGACAAACAUUAUCCCAGUGACUCUUGGAACGAUCAGGGUAACAAUGUCUACGGCUGCAUCAAGCAGUUAUACCUAUUGAAGAAGCGACAUCGGCAGCUGAAAGUCCUGUUAUCCAUUGGUGGAUGGACAUACUCUUCCAAUUUCGCUCAGCCAGCUUCGACUCAAGCUGGUAGAGAUACAUUUGCUAAAUCUGCGGUGGAUCUUGUGAAGAACUUGGGUCUGGAUGGUAAAUUGCUUCGUAGCCAUGAGAUACCUCAAUUCAUGAAAUCUAUAGGCCUCGAUGUGGACUGGGAGUAUCCAGCAGAUGACACACAAGCACGCAAUUUCGUGCUCCUGCUUAACCGAACCAGAGCGAAACUCCACCUCAAAGAAAUGGACAAACACCUCAACGCCUGGCAUCUGAUGGCCUACGACUACGCUGGCUCGUGGGAUACGCAAGCAGGCCACCAAUCCAACAUCAAUGCAUGCAAAUCGAACCCAUCUGCAACACCCUUCAGCACACAAACCGCUGUUGCAGCGUAUAAGGCUGCUGGUAUUAGUGCCUCGAAGAUUGUGCUAGGUAUGCCACUUUACGGCCGUGCUUUCAUGAAUACGGAAGGCCCUGGACAGCCAUUCCAAGGUGUAGGUGAAGGCAGCUGGGAAAACGGUGUGUGGGAUUUCAAAGUGCUCCCGAAGGCUGGGGCUGUGGAGAAGUGGGAUCAGGAAUCAGGCGCGAGCUAUAGCUUUGAUCAGGGGCAGAAGAUGAUGGUGAGUUAUGACAACAAGCAGGCGGCGCAGACAAAAGCGGCCUAUAUUCGGGAUCAGGGGCUGGGAGGAGGAAUGUGGUGGGAAACGUACGAUAAUCUGAAGAAGGGAUGCCCGAACGAGUAG